AGCCAGUUUGGCUCAAGCAAGUCCUGCGCUCUCGAUCUGUGAAUCGCGAUCCCGACAUCGUCCCUGAUGGCAGGUUCCCCACUGAGCUUCACUGAAAGGGCCAAGGUUGAGAUUAACGAGAUGAGCGUCGUGGUGACUGCAAUGCAACAGAAACUCCCGAACCACCGCUACGUGGACUCGCUGUGCCAAGACAUCUGCGACGUGCUUCUGGAGUGCGCGAAGCUGGACUCCCUGCUGCUAGCAAACCCAGACCCCAUCGGCAAUGACAAGAUGAUAUUGCAGAUCAGGUUUGACAACCUUUGCAAGUUGUUCGAGGAGGUCAAGACGCGCUGCGACCAGGUUGUCCAACCUAACCCGACAAAGGUGCCAAAACGCUCCCCGUCGUCACCCCUGAGCCCUGUGCCCGAGCCAUCGCAGCCAGGAGCGCCGAUCGAGACUGCCGAGGAGCCGACGGAGAACCAGAACGGCAACGAAGCCAGCCAGCUCUGCGACAGCCAGUUGGAGAGCCAGUUCUGCGACAGCCAGUUCGAGGACAGCCUCCCUUGAGGGGUUCUGUGAAUGACCCGUGCAACUCAACGUCUGAUUUUAUCUGAACGAGUUUGAAAGCGCGACCGUCUUAAGUCGACGCCGCCGUCACUGCUGAUUGGGUCACGGGAUCCAUCGGCGAGCGAUCUGGACAGUCGGCUCGAAAGAGAUCUAGAGCGUCCCCACUUCAGAAAACACCAGAGCCUAUCGUCAUCGUCGUCGUCGUCGUCAUCAGCGUCGUCAUCGUCUUGUUGCCGAGGAGGCUCUUCUUAACCCCCUUGCCCAUGUUUGCUCAACGGC